CUGUCGGCGGCCCAGCUGUGGGACAUCUGCCAGCAGUGGUCCGCCGGGCUGGAGGCCAUGCACGCGCACGGGGUGGCCCACUGCGACCUGAAGCCGGGCAAUGUGUUUGUCAGCCAGGCGGGCUCCUCCUGGCGGGCGGCCCUCGGGGACCUGGGCACGUCCAGGAACCUGAGCGCCAGCCGGCUGUCGGCCCUGGUGAACAGCAUGCCCGAGCUGAAUGCCAUGUCGGUGCGGUAUGCGGCGCCGGAGCUGGUGGACGUCUUCCAGCGGGCGGUCCCUCUGGACCCGGGGCUCUUCUUCCCGGUGGACAUGUAUGCGGCGGGGGUCAUGCUGGGCGAGUGCCUGGCGCGGGCUGUCCCCUGGGCUGGCAUGGGCAUGCAGGACAUCGUGCGUGCCGUGUGUGGCGGUGCCCGGCCGAGCGUCGAGUCCCUGGGCCAGGAGGCCCGGGACCUGGUGCAGGCCGCCUGGCAGGAGGACCCCGGCCGGCGGCCGCCGGCAGCCACCUUCCGCCAGCGCUGCGCCGGGCAGUAUGUCGCCGUGGGCGGUCUGCCCUGA